GUUAGGAGCCAGCUUGAUGUCACUGAUCUCGCUUGGAUCGAAAUGUCGAUGUCGACCUAGAGUCCAUUCGUCUCAAAAUCAUAACUGGCUCGACGACGACGGAGAUGACGAGGGAUGGCAGGACAUGCCUGUCGUGAAGGAAGAUGACCUGGCGUGUGCGCUCGACGAGGAGGACCAGAAGAAAUACCACUAUGUACAGCCUGCAAAGAAGAACGCUACGGGUACCACUGGAAACGCCACGGGCAACCUCAUCGAUUUCGACGACACAGGCGUCGAGUGGCGUUCCAAGGCAGAGCAGAACGAGAACGAAUAUACACGCCUGCGGAUAGAAGAGGAGGACGACGCCGACGAGGUCAACCUGCGCACGCGAUACCUCUUUGACGAAGACAAGGCCAUGACACCUCUCAGCCAGAUGCAGACCACCAAGAAUAUGCUCACAGAAGCCCAGCGUAUCGCUUAUGUCGGGUUGUGUGCUCUUACCGCCAAGGAAAUGGUCAAGCAACUGAAGAGGUCCAACAGGAAAGAGCUCAAGCCUGCCGCACAGAACAUGGAAUUAUGGAUGAUGAAGAUCUUGGGCAGACUGUACUACCACAUGGAACUUGAGACUGCAGAGCAAAAGAUGAUUGACAGCUUGGAUUUGCAUGGUGUGCAAGCAAGCGAUCUCGUGCCUUCACUAAUGACCACGCAUACCGUCGCCAAUCCUGAGUACGACCCUGCGGAGGCCAAAAGGCAAGCGGACGCUCAACAACUGAAGCAGGAUGUUCCGGGCGGUGGUAGCCAGCUCACAGAGCCGUCGAAAUCCCCACAGCCAUUGCAGUCGCCAACUCCGACGAGGUCUGCCUUCCAGACCACAUCGCGUGUACUCGAAGGAACUGCUAUUGCAUCUACCUCUCUCCCUGGAGUAACUACCUCGCUCUCGGCUGUCGACAAGGAUGUCACGCUUGAUAUCCGGUGGACAGUUCUGUGCGAUCUAUUCCUCAUCUCAAUUGCAGACAGUGUUUAUGACGCACGCUCUCGGGUACUGCUAGAGAAUGUUGCUCUGAAGCUUGGACUCGGAUGGAUCGAUGUUGCCAAGUUUGAGCGUCGAGUAACUGAAGCACUCGAGAUUCAGGAAGAUGUAGAGAAGAUGGAGAACCAGGAGAUUAUCGACGAUGCAUCGAAAACUCUUCGGAAAAGAAGAUACAUGAUGAUGGGUCUGGCAACUCUCGGCGGUGGUCUCGUCAUCGGGCUUUCGGCGGGCCUACUUGCCCCUGUCAUUGGUGCAGGUCUCGGGGCUGCCUUUGCUACGAUUGGUGUGUCAGGUACAACGGGUUUUCUUGCAGGGGCGGGAGGUGCAGCGGUCAUUACGACUGGUGGUGUCCUCACUGGCUCUGGCAUUGCAGCCCGUGGAAUGGCUAGACGGACUCGGCAGGUCAAAACGUUUGAGGUAUUGCCUUUGCAUAACAACAAGCGAGUUAGCUGUAUAUUAACUGUUCCCGGUUUUAUGAACGGCAAAUUAGACGACGUGCGUCUUCCGUUCAGCGUUCUCGAUCCAAUCGUUGGGGACGUUUUCAGCGUGCUCUGGGAACCGGAAAUGAUUAUGGAAACGGGUAGUGCAAUUAAGAUUCUGACUACGGAAAUCUUGACCCAAAUCGGCCAGACGGUAUUACAGCAUACCGUGAUGACAGCACUGAUGGGUGCUCUCCAAUGGCCAAUCAUAUUAACCAAGUUGGGGUACUUGAUUGAUAAUCCCUGGAAUAAUGCUCUCGACCGUGCGAGAGCCGCUGGUUCUGUGUUGGCACAGCUACUCAUUCAACGUCAUCUUGGCGUCCGACCGAUCACAUUGAUUGGAUUCUCUCUUGGAGCCCGUGUUAUAUUCUACGCGCUCUUGGAGCUUGCCAAGUCUAAAGCUUUUGGUAUCGUACAGGACGUUUUCCUCCUCGGAGGCACCCUUACUGCGUCACAAAGUGCAUGGUAUGAGGUUCGCAGCGUUGUCUCUGGACGGUUUGUGAACGCAUACGCGAGGAACGAUUGGGUUUUAAAUUAUCUGUUUCGUGCCACGAGUGCUGGCCUCAGUUCCGUCGCAGGACUAAGGCCCGUUGAAGACGUCCCGGGUGUGGAGAACGUUGAUGUGACGGAUAAGAUAUCGGGACAUAUGAGUUACAGAACGUUCAUGCCACUGAUUCUUGAUCAACUUGGUUUCCCGGUGUCUGCCGAUUUCUUUGAUGAACCCGUGGAACCUGAAUUCAAAGAGGAAAGAGUAGUUAUACGAGAUGAAGAGUUGGACUCGCAGAAGAAGGGAUGGUUCUCGAGAAAGAAGAAACAACCUCCUCCCAAGGCUUCGCACGUGUCACGACCGCCUUCUGCUGCUACUAUAGAGACCUUCACCAAGACUUCUUCAUCGUCCAGGCCAUCCGAAGAUGACUUGCCACCUCGAAUAGAUGUUACAGACGCACCUGAAUGUGUGGCCGCCACAGACGCCACCGCCACCGGCCCUGAACGGGAGUCAAUUGACUCCACACCAGAAAUACCCAUCCCCGCUGGUUUUGAUCUAGGCGCCAUCAGGAGAGUGAUUGGAGAAUCACAGCAUCACCCUGAAGACAUCCGUAUACCGCAACCUGGACAAGUAUGUGUACAGGCCAAAUCCACGCCACCGCCAGCAGCAUGGCCAACGAUAUCAGCUUCACAGCCGCCACCGCCCCUUCUCGAAGAUUUGACGCCGCCAUGUGAUGAUGUUUCAAAUAGGAGCCAAAAUGUACUCGGCUCCUUAAACACCCGGUUCGCCUCUACGUUGUCCCUACGGGAUGAGGGCACUGGUGACGAUAACAAGGUCGGUGUCUCAGAAGACGAUGGUGAUGUAUCCCGAUCAACUUCGACAUUCAAUUCCCCGCGAAAUUCUCCCGGGAUACCAUUUUCUGCCGCUGACGGACCCAUUUGGACUUCGAAUGGUCCGGUAAACUCGACCGGUACGGCUCUCGCGUUCGGAAACCCAUUUGGGAUGUCGAGCAAGGUGCUUUCGCGUGUGGCGCCUAGCCAGUCCAAUAGGACUUACGCAACGGUACCUGAUCCGUCCGCGUCUCUCUCCUUUGGGUCGUUGGAUGGGACAAUAACGUUGCAGAGCGUGGAGCAAGAUCCGUGGAACAUGCCGGAAGCGGGCAAGUCCUCGAGUUAUCUCUCCAAUCCGUGGUCGACCUAGUGUUGUGGAGUGGAUCCCUACCAUUUUGACUUUUUUUUUUCACUCCCUCAUGAAAGUGCAUACCCAUUCGCCUUACUUUUGUCCACUGCCGCCGCAUCUCCUGAACCUUAAGGUUUGCAUAUUUUCCAUUAUACUAGACCUGUUACUAUACACAUGUUGUAUCAAACUCCAUCACCAUAGCGAUAUAUCAGAGGACACCAAGGAACACAAAGCACGGCUAUGAUACACAGAUGGUGACACCCGUUCGGUCAGAGUGAAUUGUUG